AUGCGAUCUAUUCAGUGCGCCAUGACGGCAGAAAAGAACAAUGCGCAAGAACAGUGCGAAGCGGCCACGCUGCGUCUUCUACAGACUGAAGAACGAUGGAAUAAAGAAUUAGAAAAACUGAAAGAAAGCUACGAGAACCAAGUGAAAGACCUAAAAUAUUACCUAGAAGAAGCGGAGCGCUCUAAAAACGAGAAAGCAUCCACAAUCAAAGAAAUAUGGUCGGUGAUGAAUGAGAAAAGCACAAGGGUGCAGGAAUUGGAAAGCAAAUUGCAGCGAUUCGAGUCUGACAUGAAGCAGCGGCAGAAGGAUCUGCAAGAAAAGAUGGAAACAGAGCGAAAGAGAGCAAAAGAAUUCGAAACAAAGUACCAGACUCUGGAAGCGCUGUAUGAAAACGAUCGUCAGAAGUGGCUAUCCGAGAAAGACAAGUGCAAAAUGGAUAUAUCGGAGGCCCGUAAGCAUGCCGAGGAGCUGCAAGGCGAAGUGGAGAAGACGAAGCAGGCGCUGGACAAAAAACAGUCUUCGUGGAUGAAGGAAAGACAGAACUACGACGCGAAGGUGAAGCAGCUACAAUCUGAGAUCACCAACGCUGAGAAGAAGACGUCGAAAAUUGCUUCAGAGCUGGCCAACGCAGAAAACCAAAAACUGCUAAAUGAAAUCGAAUCGCUGAAACAAGAGAACACAAAAGACAAGGAAACGUUUAAUGACGUGGAACGCGAAUAUAAGAGGAAAAUCUCGCAGGUCUCUGGUGAACUGCAGAACCGAUGCGAGGAACUGGAAAAAUUGAAAUCUGAACUUCAACUGCUGCAUUCAAGGAUCAGCGAACAGAGGCAGCAGCUGAAAGAUACGCGGAAGCAACGCGACAGCCUUCGCGAAGAGUUGGAUCGACUGCGACAGACAUGGAGCCGAGAGAAAUCUGACUUAUCACACAAGAUGCGCCAGGAAGAGAAGGUGCAGCAAGCAGAACAGCAGGCUUUACAGCUGAAGUAUGACAGUAGGAUCAAACUGACUCAAGCGCGGCGAGAGCGCGACCAUUACAAAGAGGCGGUCGCAAAUGCUGAGAAGAAAAUGGCCGAGAUUAAGAAAAAGUGUCAAAAAGAAGUGCAGGAAAUCAAGGCGACGUUGGCUACAUUCCACGAUCAAAGCGAGACAAUCGAGGACAUGAAGUUGCUUUACAAAAACAAAGAACUCGAGCUCAAGGGCGCCAUAAAGAAGUUCGAGACCGAAAGUAGCCUGUGGAACAUCGAAAAGAAUCACCUGGAAUCAAAAUUGAAUCAAGUAAGCACACCGGCUGCAGUUUUCGUUUGUGUCAAACGACGGACAUCAGUUAUAACCUCGCAGUUCAUUUUUUUCAUAUAACA